AUGCGAGAAGCCAUCGUUAAGGCGGAACAUCAGUAUGGUCUCGGGGGAAAGGUGUUCCUCAGUCCAGAAGAGCAGCACGCAGACCGCGUGCUGGUGGAGAUGAAAAAACGUGAACUACAAUCUGUACCCGGUGUCCAGAUACCGUCUGCAAUGCAUUUUUACGAGGCAAAGUCCUUGAUCGAAGCUAGUGCCAUCUUUAGGGUCCUACAGACCAUGCCGAAAGGGGCCGUUCUACACCUACACAACUCUGCCGCAGUGUCCUCGAGCUGGGUUAUCCAGAAUCUCACCUAUCGAGCGGAAGCGAAGCUAUGUACUCAGGACGGCCGACACUACUUCACCGUCAGACCACAGCCCUUCUGUCCGGUGAAUCAGACGCGGUCAAUCAACGAAAUGCGCAAAGAAUGGGCGGAUGGUCCUGGUAGUUUCGAUCGAUGGCUGGAAGCUAUCAUUAACUUGAAGCUUAAGCCAAGGAAGCUAUCGGCAACAGUUGACGAUAUUUGGAAAGAGUUUGAAAGCUGUUUCGAUGCGAUGAAAGGAUUCCUGCAGUACAAACCAUUCUUUGAAGCGUACCAUCGGCGCUUGUUUCAGGAGUUUCACCGUGACAAUGUGUGUUAUCUUGAGCUGCGCGUGUCUCUUCCUAAAUUGUUCGAUGCGGACGGCAAAGAGUAUGGGCCGGUCGAGGUGGGCUAUAUGCUGUAUCGGCUCGUAACUGAAUUUCGCCAACAGAACCCAUCAUUUCAUGGCGUGAAGCUUAUUCUGGCGAAACAUAGAAACAUGACCGACGACGAGUUGGCCACUGCGCUAAAGCUCUAUGAAAAUUUAAGCACAACUUUACCAGGGUUUGUCAUCGGAUUCGAUCUCGUUGGGCAAGAGGAUCCACAGCGAUCAUUAAAAUCGUUUGCUGCUACCCUUCUACGAUCAUCGUCCAAUGAAAGUCCUCCUAGAUAUUUUUUCCACGCUGGCGAAAGCGUAAGCUACUACACGGAAGCGGAUGAAAACCUGGUCGAUGCGAUUCUGCUUGAUACCAGGCGCAUUGGGCAUGGCUAUUCGUUGUAUAAACAUCCCAUCCUUUGGCAUGCCGUUCGCCGGAAGCAGAUAGUGCUCGAGGUGUGUCCCAUCUCGAACCAGGUGCUUGGGCUGGUGCACGAUUUGAGAAAUCAUCCCGGCAGUUUCUACGCCACCCAGAACAUUCCGAUGGUCAUUGCUAGCGAUGAUCCGGGAUUUUGGGAUGCGGUCGGUGUAAGCUACGACUUUUACUACGUCUUCAUGGCCAUGGCACCGUCAGCCGGACUGGGGUUUUUGAAGCAACUCGUCUGGGACUCGAUCAAGUACAGCGCUAUCAGCGAUGAGGAACGACAAAACAUCACCACAACACUAGAGCAUGAAUGGCAUGGAUUCGUACAGGGUCUCAUCAAUGGAUCUGCCGCACAUCGAUAG